AUGGUACCUGGUCAACCAAGUACCGAUCGACCUGACAUUGUUACACGUAUGUUCAAGAUUAAGCUUGAUGAGCUGAUGAAUGACAUAAGGAAAAAACAUCAUUUUGGUUGUACAAAAUCCGUUAUUUACACAAUUAAGUUCCAAAAACGUGGGUUGCCACAUUGUCAUUGUCUUGUGUUUCUUCAUCCGCCAGAUAAAAUAACCACAGCCCAAAAGAUUGAUCAAUUUGUAUUGGCAGAGUUGCCUUCUCAGGAAAAUGACCCAGUUGCUUUUGAAGCUGUUCGUAGUCACAUGAUGUAUGGUCCAUGUGGCCAGCUUAACACUUUAAGUCCAUGUAUGCACAAUGGAAGUUGUUCUAAAGGGUAUCCUAAGGAAUAUUGCGAUGAAACUUUCAUUAGGCGUGAUGGUUGGCCCUGUUAUAAAAGGUCUAGCGAUGGUUCGAAAGUUAAAGUUGGUAAUGAGGAUAUCAUGCUUGAUAACCGAUACGUUGUUCCUCAUAAUGUCGAUUUGCUUGUCAAAUAUGGUUGUCAUAUAAAUGUUGAGUAUUGCAACCAAGGCAGUCUGAUUAAGUAUCUUUUUAGUUACAUUAAUAAAGGCCAUGAUCGUGCCACUGCUGUUUUAGAAGGUCCAGAUAGAACACGAUCUUUUAUAUCGAUGUUGCACAACGAGAAUGAGAUCGAAGAAUAUAUUAAUUGUCGUUACAUUUCUGUAUCAGAAGCAUGUUGGAAAUUGUUGGGAUUUGAGAUGCAAUAUCGCUCGGUUGCAGUAGAAAGACUACCAUUUCAUGAAGAGGAUUGUCAAAGAGUUUACUUUAGAGAAGAUGAUGAUAUUGCAGAAGUUCUGGAUAGGAGGGUAUCUGCGGUGUCUAAGUUUACUGAAUGGAUGAGAGCAAAUCAAUUAUAUGCAGAAGCCCGAUUGUUAACUUAUUCAGACUUCCCGACGAAGUUUACAUGGCAUGAAAAAGGGGAUGUUAAGGAAUGGAGGCCACGUAAAAAUGGUUUGGUUAUUGGUCGGUUAUAUUUUGUAAAUCCAAAUGAAGGAGAAAGAUUGCUUGAUAAUGAAGAUCUAAUGUUCUCGCAUGAUGAGUUGGUAAACUACACUCUGCUUUAUAUCGAUAAUAUUUUAUAUGGGAAUUGUCGUUCGUUGGUUGAUUUCCCCAAUCUACCUCAGUUAAACCAUAGUUUGUUAAGUAUAGGUUCGAAUAGGUUAAUUGUUGCUGAGCGGACAUACAACGUCGAAGAAGAAAUAAGGAUUUUCAAUGAGCUUUACAGUGGUUUAAAUGUGCAACAGAAAGAAGUUUAUACUAUUAUAAUUAAUGCUGUCAAUAAAAAGACAGAUCUCGCAGAGUUGAUUAAUAUUGUUGAGUUGAUUAUUUGGGACGAAGCUCCACUACAACAUCGUUAUUCAUUUGAAGCUGUUGAUCGUGCAUUUCGUGAUGUAUGUCGUUAUUAUGUUGUUGGAUCUGAAAACAAAGUGUUCGGAGGGAAAGUGGUAGUUCUUGUGGGUGAUUUUUGUCAAAUUUUGCCUGUUAUUCAACAUGGAUCCCGUUCUGAUGUUGUGUCCUCUUGUAUAAACAAAUCAGAAGGUCUAUGGAAUUCAUGUCGCUUUUUUGUUUUGACAACGAACAUGCGUUUGUCUGAUCAAAACAUUACUGGCGAUGAACUUAUAAAAAUGCGUGAAUUUAGUAAAUGGAUUCUUGAAAUGGGUGUUGGUCGGCUUCCUACGUGUACAGUUGAAGGUGAAGACGAUGGUACAUGGAUCACUAUACCUGAUGAUCUUCUUAUUCCUGUUGCUGAUAAUCCUAUUGAUGCUGUUACAUCCAUUGUAUUCCCAGAUAUUUUGAGUAGACUUAAUGACAUGUCUUACAUACAGGAACGAUGCAUCCUUUGCCCGACAAACGAUGAUGUUGACAUGAUCAAUUUACAUGUGCUUUCUAAGAUGUCUGGUGACAUGCAUGAAAUGUUAAGUGCUGAUGAGAUUUGUCGAAGUACUGAUAAUUUUGCCGAAUUGGAAAUUAUGUAUUCUUCAGAAUUUCUUAACACGUUGCGGUUCUCAGGAAUUCCAAACCAUGAGUUAAACUUAAAGGAAGACAUGACGAUCAGUUCCAAUUAUCUGAUGAUAAGUGAUUUGAGGCCUAACAUUACUGAUAAGUUGCAAGUACAUGUGAUGGUCUCACGUAAGUGGACAACAUACAACCCUUCAACAGAUCGUGUUUUCUCUUUAGAUCUAAUUCUUUGUGAUGAAAAUGGAUCUUCUAUUCAUGCAACCAUUGCAAGUUCAUUCAUGUGCAAGUUUACUGAUGUUGUACAAGAGGGAUGUGUUUAUAGGAUAUAUAAAUUCUCGGUUUUACCUUGUCAAUCAUUAUAUCGGCCACUUCGUAAGGACAUCUUUAUUAAAUUUCUUGCUGAUACGUCAAUUGCUGCUUCCCACUUGCCAUCAACACUCUUUCAACGUUAUGUUUUUGACUUAUUUCCGUUCAAUGAGCUUAGUUCACGUGUUGGUGACGACAAAUAUCUUACAGAUGUCAUUGGGAAUCUUUGUGAGUGGGGUUCUCUUGAGGAAACAGCACGACCAUCUAACUCAUGUAAAGUUGGAUUGCGAAAGAUUGUUCUUUCUGAUCAAAGUCAAGCGAUGCAUGUCUUGCUUCAAUCGGAGAGGCAAGUUGAAUGUCCUUCUGUGGCAACCAUAGAAAAUAUGUAUAGUGAUAUACAAAAAGGCGUCAUUGAGGAUGACUUACGUAAUGUCAAAGAUGAGGGUUUCAGUGCUUCUAUUUCGGAAUUAAAUCAUAUGGAAUGUAAAGAUGAUGAUGUUGGUUUAUUUUCGAUUCAAACAAAUGUUGUUGAAUCAGUGUCACCUAAAUCAGCAACAUCAACAAUAAAGGUCGUUUGUGAUAAUCAUCAGGUUGAUGUUUCUGACAAGCUCAUUUAUAAAGAUGCUUCUGCUAAUAUGAAAGAUGUUGCUAUUGUGGCACCUAUGUAUGAGGUUGGUGACGAUACUAUUGAAGAUGAUAUUUCUAAGACACAUAUCUCCAUAUGUGGUUUACAAGAUGGUGGAGAAAGUGAAGUUGGUGAUGAUACUAUUAAAGAUGAUAUGUCUAAGACACCUAUCUCCAUAUGUGGAUUACAAGAUGGUAGAGAAAGUGAAGAUGUUUGUGCUGUUAUUGAAGUUGAUUCUUCUGAAAAAUCGUUUAUCGGAUCCUCAAUAACACCAAUGAAGCGUCGAUUUCCACGAUUGCGUGACGAGUCUUUUGAAGAUGAUAUUGUUGGUUGA